AAUUUAUAUUCAAUUAAUGAUCAAUCUUUUUUUUUCUUAAUAGUAUGUUUUUUCUUGGGCUAAGUUGGCCUAAUUACGUGUGUAUAGAACAGAAGGUUUUCUCUGCUCGUCUUCCUUCGAUCUUCGUCACCGCGAAAGCAAGAGGGAUCACCCUGAACUGUUGGUUGAGCAAAUUACCGAAAAGGGGGAACUAACUGUGAGCAGAGAAAAUGUCUUUGGCCAAUGGAUUGAAGUCAUGUGCAAAGCUGCUGAAGUCUUCAGAACCAUUGUUGGAGAAAUCAGCUAAACGAGGGUUUCACUCAACUGGUGUGAAGAGAAUGGGAGGACAUGCUCACGGACACGAUGAACCUUAUUAUUUGCACGCAAAGCAUAUGUACAAUUUGGAUAGGAUGAAAAAUCAAAAGUUGACCAUGACGCUUGGAGUAUUAACUGCAUUCAGUAUUGGCGUGGCUGUUCCGAUCUAUGCAGUCGUCUUUCAGCAGAAGAAGACAGCCUCUGGAUGAUUGACCAAACGAAUGUGUGCGCCAUUUUAGCACGACAAGAAGAAGAUACGUCGCACCUCGGUUAGUUUCUUAACCUUGUAUAAACCCCCAUUUCAAAAUGCACAGAAACUUGGAAUGUGGAUUCUGAUUUUGGCAAUAAGUCUUUUCAUUAACAUCCCAUAAUUCGACAUUUUUGCUCCGUUUUGUUUCACAUUAAGAUAUUUAAUUGUUUAAAUAUUAUCCCUCCCUGCAUCUGCUUUUAGUUUGUUUCAACAAAUUUUCUGUGCCAAUGAA